UUGUGUUGCUGUCCUGGGGCUCUGUUUGUGAACAGGGGAAUCAGGGGAACCUUCUCCAGGUUCAUCUCUCUGUGUGAUGGAAGGUUUGGGAAUCGCUUCCAUACGUUGUCUGAUGACGUAAAUAUAACGCGUCACGGACAUGUGUCUAGCUAGUUUUCGUAAACAAACAAAAACAUUUUUUUUUAAGGAUUUACCGAACCCCUUGAAGUGAUUAUGUAUGGAUGAUAAAGAAUAAUGUAUCUAUAAUGUUAACUAUAGCUACGCCAUCCACCCCAUUAGCUAACUAGAGUAACUAUAUGCUAGCUAGUGAGCUAGCAGGCUAGCUAGCUCGUUUUUAACCGUCAUCUUCGCCUUCUCUCAAAAAAAGUUUGAUAUCUGAAUGGACAUUCAUUUUAACGACAGAGGGUAGUGUUCUCCGUUUAAAAUGUUAACAUGUUUGAUAUCCGUUAUUAAGUGUGAAAAGAAGGACCGCGACGGACUAACCACGUAUGAAGGAAUGUAGCUAGUUAGCUGACGCGAGCAGGUAUGCUAUAGCCAGUUGUACGAGCUAGCACACCGAAAUCAUUAGGCUAGUAUUGCGCCGCGAUAGUUUGGCUUGUUAACCAGCCAGCUAUAUAGUGGUGUCAAGUUGAAGGACUCCAUUGUCCGGUGCAUUUUGAGUAGUCUGUUCCCCCAGAAAAUCGCAUCGAGCUGUCAUCAUCAUCAUCAUCUCUCGACUCGCGGUCAAAUGGAACCGUGACAAAGAUGCUGAAGAUUCUCCUUGUCAUUUGCACGCUAGGCUGUGCUCUUGUUACUUGGGAUGGAGUCAAUGCAGACGGUGAAUUGCUCAAAAUGAUACCCUCUGCAGAUGGCGUGUCGUUCAUCCGGCUAGUCAAUGGGGACAGUGAGUGUUCGGGGCGUGUGGAGGUACUCCAGAGGAACCAGUGGGGGACGGUGUGUGACCACGGUUGGGACCUGAGGGAGGCUGACGUGGUGUGCCUUGAGAUGGGCUGUGGGCUGGCCGAGAACGCCCUCCGUGGAGCUGCGUUUGGCAGGGGCUCCAGAGAGAUCUGGCUGAGGCACGUCCAGUGCUCUGGCCACGAGGCGAGCCUGACGCGAUGUCCCAGGGUCCUCCACAGUUACUUCACCUGCACCCAUAAUAAUGACGCUGGGGUGAAAUGCUCAGGUACACUGUUGAUGCCCACCCUGUCCCUGCUCUCCCCUCACACUGUCUUCUCUGCUGGGGAGGCGGUUCGCUUCAGCUGUACUGUGCUACUGGGCCACCACCUGAAUGACUUCCACCUGUAUAAGAGGGGCAUAGCCACCCCGUUGGUGACUCAGAGGGUGGACUCUGCCCAGACCAGGGUGGAGCUGACUCUGUCAGACCUGGAGACUACCCACCAGGGCAGCUACAGCUGUUUGUACAGGAUCAAGGGCAGCUCUCCCUCCUCCUUGCUGAGCUCUCCACCUAGCAACUCUAUCAACAUCACUGUGGUGGAGCUGCACACCCCUCAGCACUGGUACAACACAUCCAUCGAGGCUCCCACAGGCUCUGUCAUCAAAGGCCACAGCUUCAACAUCACUUGCUCCACCGAGCAGCAGUACCCUGGAGGUUCUUUCCAGCUGCGUCUGAUCCGUUCCAACGGCACAGUACGACAGUCGCUGCCUGCCCUCUCUCCCUUGGUCACCUUCACCUUUUCAAACGCACAGCGCUCCAACGAGGGCUACUAUUACUGCCUCUACAAGGUCCAGCUGGGCGGGAGAACCUUCAUGUCCCGGGAGAGCCAACCGCUCCCUAUCUCCAUCAGAGACCCAGACCCAGUGUUGAGCCCUAUGGUGAUCAGCUGGCUGGCGUCUGCUCUGACCUUCCUCGUGGCUCUCCUCAUGAUCAUCAUCAUCGUUGCCAGAGUGCUCUGCAAGAGGGAGAAGAAACCCUUGGAGCUAGAGAGAGAGACCAGAACCUGUGUGGACAACACUUACGUUGCCUUAGCAAUAAAAUUGUGAGUUGGGAAGUUGCUGUAUAUUUGGAGAAGGACCAUGUGUUUGUGAGAGAACCAUAAAGAUGGAACCAUGGAGAGACAUUCCUGAGCAGACAAACCUUCCUGAAGGAUGGCUCUGGAGCACCGAUGAAGAACACCACAAGACCAAGUUACCAAAACACUACAAAGGAGACAUCGACACGACAUGCCUCAGUCUCUCGCCAUCUACUAGUAGUAUCUGGUAGAAUCCUGCAUUAGAACAUGACAUGCCUCAGUCUCUCGCCAUCUACUAGUAGUAUCUGGUAGAAUCCUGCAUUAGAACAUGACAUGCCUCAGUCUCUCGCCAUCUACUAGUAGUAUCUGGUAGAAUCCUGCAUUAGAACAUGACAGCAGCACUUGUAGAUAGAGUAAUUGUUAGGUCAUCAUCUAUAUACCAGGUACACUGUAAUAAACACUACAAUCAACAAUGAAAAGGGUAAUGACUAUAAUGACCCUUUUUGGACACAUUGGCCUUUCUGGUGCAGUUCUCAUGCCAGCUACAGAAUGAUAAUUAUGGACAUGAAAUAGAGCACUGUGUUCCAAUAAUUUAAAAUAUCCAAUGAAGCUGUUUUGUAUCUCGAUAUCAAAUCAUUUCUGGGUAACAAUUAAGUACCUUACUGUUGAUUUGUUUUCAAAUAAAAUGAUCAAAAAUA